AUGCGUAUUGACAUGUUGUUGAAACAAGGCUCCAGUAAGCUCCUUCUACAGCCACGCACCACUGACCAGGUUUCUGCGAUUCUUAAAUACUGUAACUUCAGAUGUCUGGCUGUUGUUCCCCAAGGUGGUAACACUGGUCUUAUAGGUGGAAGUGUACCUGUUUUUGAUGAAGUUGUUGUCAGUCUUAGUGCUAUGAGUAAAAUCAUAUCCUUCGACAAGGUCAGCGGUAUAUUGGUAUGUGAAGCAGGGUACAUAUUAGAAAAUAUAAUAUCAUUCCUGGAUAGUGAAGGCAUUCACCUAUUUAUUAUGCCACUAGACUUAGGUGCAAAAAGGAGUUGCCAGAUUGGUGGAAAUGUUUCAACUGAUGCUGGCGGGUUGCGUCUUCUUCGAUAUGGAUCCCUUCAUGGAAAUGUACUUGGUAUUAAAGAUGUUCUAGCAGACGGUACUGUACUUGACAUGCUUAAGACAUUACGCAAAAAUAAUACUGGAUAUGAUUUGAAACAUCUAUUUAUAGGAAGUGAAGGUUUCUUGGGAAUUAUUACUAAGGUUUCAAUACUUACCCCACCAAAAUUAUCUUCAGUAAAUGUGGCUUUUCUUGCUUGCAAGGAUUAUAGUAGUUGCCAGGCAUGAUCAAUGUUCUUAUUUUUAAAUUUACUGAAUUUUUUAACUUAUCAUUGUUUUAUUCUUGUUUUUGCAUUCAUAGAUUAUGUUAUCCCAUGCGGUUACCUUAAUUGAUUGGCCUUUUUGAAAUUGGCAAUUUUAUAUUCAGGAAUUGUGAGGCUCUGAUUUUUGUUUUUUAUUCUUUAUCUUUUUUACCUUUUUCAUUGAGGAAGCUUGUCGAAAUUCAUUAUAAUUUUCAUCUUAUGUUCUUAAUGAAUUUCUUCUUUUGUAAAAUAGAAUUUUAUAAUGAAGAAGAAGGUCCUGAAAUCAUGAAUUGCUUUGUUUUGUGUGCCUUGAUAUAGGCAAGAAAAAAGUAGGUCUCCAUUGACAAUCUGUUCUGUAUAAGCUUAGUGUUACCAAUUACGUGAAAUUUUUGAAUAAGUUUACCUAUUGUAUUCAUUUUUUUAACUCACAAUAUAUACUCCGAAUAAAAAGUUCUAUCCAUUAGCCUCUGAAUGUGUUUCGCCAUGUUUCUUAACAUUUUAUUUUCUUCUAUUUAUCUUAUUCUAUUUCGCCAUGCAUCUACUUGUGUUUUCUAUUUGAGAAUGUAAACUUAACUGUGCAUUGAAUGUCUUAACUAUUGGACAGGUGAAAGUGAUGACUUCAAUUAAGAAAUUGUUGGACCCCAAUCACAUACUCAACCCAUAUAAAGUUCUUCCUUGUUCUUCAAUUUCAUGAGUCUUACAUGUGUAACUUCAUCUUAUUUUCAUAUUUGACUUCUUUAAAUUGAGAUGAUGCAAGU